AUGGUUGAAACCCCUUAUCUUGCAUUGAAUUUUCGAAUGCUUUUGUGCAUGGAUAUGGUUUUAGAACCUUCUUUUUCUGAUCACUUAAACAUCUGUUCUUAUAUUGGAUUACUCUUGAACAAGGUUCAAACGGUUGAGGAGCAAGUUAGGGCUGCUGCUGAACACAAACUCGGGGUUGCUAAUCAGAGUAUAACUGCUGGUUUUUUUGACAACAACACUAGUGCGGAAGAUCGUAGAGAAUACCUGGAGGCUCUAUUGCGGGAGUGCAAGAAAGAGGAAGCUACACCUGUUUUGGAUGAUGACGCAUUAAAUGAUCUAAUUGCACGCAGAUGUGGGUCUGAAAUUGAUAUCUUUGAUUUGGUUGACAAACAGAGGCAGCAUGAAGAAAUGGUGGCAUGGCAAAAUUUAUUUAGUGAAAAGGUGGUAGAAAACUCGUCUUUACCUCCGUUGCCUUCUCGACUUCUAGUGGACGAUGACUUAAAACUAUUUUACAAAGCCAUGAAGAUAUCUGAAGUACCAAAUUCAGGUGUUGGAUCUAAUGUUGCAAUAAAGCGAAAAAGUGGGUCUAUCGGAGGGCUUGACACCCAACACUACGGAAGGGGCAAACGAGCAAGAGAGGUCCGCUCGUAUGAAGAGCAAUGGACUGAAGAGGAAUUUGAGAGAAUGUGUCAAGCUGAGUCUCCAGAAUCUCCUAUAAUGAAGGAAGAAAUGGGUGGAAAGAUCCUGCCAAUGGGUACAAGUGACUCUGUUGUGAUCAUGGGUGAAACACAAGUUCCGGUAGUGCCUCAGCUUCCCCAAUAUCCAACCUCUGAGCCACUGGGACAACAAAGCAGAAAUACUACCCUGCCAUCUAAACGUGGCCGGGGAAGGCCGAAAAGAAUGACGGUGGAAACCUCUACGCCAAUUCCUCGACCUGCACCUCUAGGUGCUCGAGCUUGUGAAGAGCAAUGGAAAAGAAACGAACCUGAAAGAAUUUGCAAAGUUGAAUCUCUGGAAUCUCCUAUGGUGAAGGAAGAAAUGACUGGAAAGAUGCUACCGAUGACUACAAGUGGCUCCAACGUGGUCAAGGGUGAAACACAAAUGCCAGGCGUUGUGGUCAAGGGUGAAAUACAAAUGCCAGCAGUGUCUCAUCUUUCACAACAUCAAACUGCUGAUUCACUCACACAACAAAGCAAAGAGGCUACACCGUCAUCCAGACGUGGUCGUGGGAGACCAAAAAGAAUGACUCUGGAAAUUACUACACCCAUUCCUCUUCCUGCACCUCUGGGAGCUGGAAAAAUGAAUGAGAGCUCCAAGGGGGAAUCAGAUCCUAUGGUGCCUGCUCCUGAUUUUACCCCUGUAAGAAGUAUCACUGGAGCCAUGCAACAGUUUGGAUUUGUUCCCAACUCUGAGCCAACUGCUUCUCCUCUUAUCCCUGCUUCUCAGUCUGCUGCUUCCCCGUCUCCAUCUGGGCGAGGUAGAGGACGAGGUCGAAAACCUCAAACAGGAGAACCUUCAAGGCGCAGGGGAAAAAGACAGAGCACUGCAUUACAAGAUGUUUCAGUAGCUGCUUCACCAUCCGGGAUUGGAAAACCUGACAUGGAAAUACAGGGUUCAACAGUUUCUAGUUCUACAGUCCCUCCAGGAACUGACCCAGUGUCCCUUGGUCCCAUUACAAAGGAAGUACGUAAUGAACCAAGUUCAGUUCCAUCUAUUAUUGCUCUUCCGUCACCUUCGAAAUUGGGUGUUGGGUCACAAGUACCCAUUUCCAUCCCUUUGAAGGUUCCUGAACAAAAUUCUGCUCCUGGUACAUCUGUUGUGGCAAGUAUCAGUCAACAAGAAACAGGUGUUGUGUCUGCUCUGACAUCCCAAGUAACCCCUACUCAGGCUUCGGCUAAUCCUGGUGCACCAUCUAUUACGCCUUCCCUCUCUGUGGCAAAGCAAGGAAGAGGUAGAGCACGCAAAGUUCAAAGUGAAGAGACAUCCCAACGGAGACGUAGGAGGCAGGAGCCUUUAGUACCUGUUGUUCAAGAUGGAUUAACCUGUCAAGAUUCAAAUUCAACGACACCCCCAGAGAAAAAAACUCGUUGGAAGUCCAACACGAGUAAGCAGGGGAAUGAGUCUCAGGAACUGGCAAAUGCGAGCCAAUCUGUUCCUCCUGGUUUUGAUGAUCUUUCUGCACGACAGAUCCCUAAGGGUUCUACUACAGAUGCGGAUGUUUCUCUAGACAAGUCCAAGGAUCCUUGUCCGAAACAAACUGCAGAUGAAGUCGUCGUAUCAAAACCUCAGGUUUGUGAAAAUCUGCCAUCAACUUCAUCAACCCUGGAAUUACCAGUUCAAGCGUUGAGCCUCCCAUUGUCAGAGUCCAGUAAUCAGUCUCUGGAAGAAUGUGUUGCACAAGAUAAUAAAUACCCAUUAUUGGAUAGCUCCUUUGCUUCAAAUCCUGAGGUGCCUGAAGAUUGUAAUAAUCCCGGAAUGUCUGAAGGUGCAUCUUUACCAAUAUUGAGCAGUGCUUCUGUUAAAUUGACCAAAGACCGAACUUUAAAUAUUAAAACACCUAUGGAUGCAUCCACCUUUGGGUCAACAGUUCAGGCUAGUGACUGUGAAAAGUCUGAAUCUCAAUGUAGAAAGGAAUCUGAUGAAAUUAUCAUGUCUGCCAAGAAUCCUGAGAUGGAUAAAUCAAUAGCCUCAGAUAAUGUGUCUAUUAGAGCAGAAGUCAGCAGCAUCCCUGUUGAGAUGACCAAAGAUCAAAGUUUAAAUACUGGAACCAUUGAGGCUGCACAAACUUCUGGGUCGAUGACUCUUGCUGGCGACAGUGUAGAGUGCGAACCUCCAUUUGGAAAGGAAAGAGACAAAAUAGUUGAACAUGCCACAAAUCUCAAUAUGGAUGAAUCUGUAGCCUCUGAUGAUAUGCCCAAGGGAAAAAGCAGUUUGGUUUCUGAGAUGUUAAAGGACAGAACCAAUAAUGAAUCUGGGGAAGUAGUUGCUGAACGUGAAAAGGACGAUAUUCUAGUCAAGGAUCGUGUUUCAACUCAAUCAUCUAUUGAAGUUGAAGUUCCAUCUUUGAACCCUGAACAGAAUAAAUCUAAGCAUUCGUGUGAAAAGGGAGAUGCAGAAAAGCAAGAGAGCAAAGAGACUGCAAAGGUCUUUGAUUCAAAGCCUGAGUCUAUUGUGAGUCAAAGCUUACCGGAAGAGUCAUUUCCUGUACUGUCAACUUUGGAAAAGGUGGAUUUGUCUUCGGACUCUACUAUGUCUGAAAAUUUGUUUGUGAGAGAUCUCAAACAGUUAGAAAGUGGAAGCCAUCAUAUGGAUGCAUCAGUUGUUUCACAUUCUGAGUUUGAAAUUGGCAGCAAUUCUGUUAAGGAGGAUGCAGAAGAAAAAAGAAGAGACCUUGCUCAAGGUGAGGCACUUCUUUCACUAUCUGAGAUUGGUAACAGUCAAUGCAUGGAGUCAUCAACUAUGAACACAGAAGUUCCAGUUGAUGAUGAUCUAUUGAAGGAGUCCCUUGACCAAUGUGGGGAAAAAAUUGAAGCUAGAGAAGGGAAAGUUUCUGAGGUUCAUAUGCAAGAGACUGAGGCUUGUGAAAAUGAAAUGAAAUCAGCUGCCAUUUCGCCUGAAAGCAUGGAAGUUUUGGGGUCAAAGUCUGAGGAGAAGUCACCAUCUUGCAUCAAGGGAAGUUCCAAGAUGGAAGCUUCAAAUGUUGAACCUCAAACUGUCAAGAGUCAAUCUCUAUUAAGUUCUACUGACGAUGUGGAUGUUGAUGCAGGAGGGAGUAAGAAUUCUGGCUUGGAUGAAGGUGUUAUCCCGAAUCCCGAACCUCAGUCCCAACCUCAAGUUGUGCUGGAUCCUGCAGUUGAUGCAGGAGGGAGUAAGAAUUCUGGCUUGGAUGAAGGUGUUAUCCCGAAUCCCGAACCUCAGUCCCAACCUCAAGUUGUGCUGGAUCCUGCAGUUGAUGCAGGAGGGAGUAAGAAUUAUGGCUUGGAUGAAGGUGUUAUCCUGAAUCCUGAACCUCAGUCCCAACCUCAAGUUGUGCUGGAUUCGGCAGUUGAUGGAGGGAGUAGGAAUUCUGGCUUAUAUGAAGCUGUAGUCUCGAAAUCUGAAUCUAGAACAGCCAAGUCUGGAAAUCAAGUUGGGUUAGAUCAUGCAGUUGAUGUUCGUGUAAGCGAAAACUUCAAGAAGGAUGACACUGUUGUCAUGAAUCCUGAACCUCAAAAUGUGACAUCUGAAAGUAAACUAGGUUUAGAUUCUGCAGUUGAUUUACAAUGGAGUAAAAGUCCCGACAUGGAUGAAGCCAUUUUACCGAGUCCUGAACCUCAAACAAUGAAGUCCAAGAGUCAAGAUGAGGUUCCAGUGAGAAAAAAUUCCAACAGAGAUGAAGCUGUGUUUUCAAAAUCUGAAGAACCUGAACCCAGUCAAACUACCAGGGACGAAGUAGAUAUAGAGAAACUUGGUGAAGGAAACACAAUAAGAGAGUCUAACAUAGAGGUUGUUUCAGCAGUUUCUCUUGCUGACAAUCUGAAGGAUGAUAUUCCAUGUGACACGUCAUCUGGUAUUUGUUCCAGUUCUAGUACUGAUGAUUCGGCUCUGGUACCAGUUACAGACAAGUGCUCAAGUGCAACAGAAAAUAUUGAUAAAAAUGAUCCACAACAAUGA